AUGAGCGGUGGAGAUGGAGAUAAUAGUUACUCCACCAAUUCUCUUCUUCAGAAAAAAGUAUUAUCAAAGGCCAAACCGGUUUUGGUUAAGAACACAAAAGGAAUGAUGAUAAACUUAAAUUUUCCUAAUUACAUCAAAGUAGCUGAUUUGGGAUGUGCUACUGGAGAAAACACGUUCUUGACGAUGGCUGAGAUCGUGAACACGAUCAAUGUGUUAUGUCAACAAUGUAACCAAAAGCCACCAGAAAUUGAUUGCUGUCUGAAUGAUCUUCCGGAUAACGAUUUCAACACGACAUUCAAGUUCGUACCUUUCUUCAAUAAAAGGGUCAAAAGCAAAAGAUUGUGCUUCGUGUCUGGAGUCCCCGGUUCAUUCUACUCGAGGCUCUUUCCUCGCAAAAGUCUCCAUUUUGUACAUUCAUCUUAUAGCCUCCAUUGGCUCUCUAAGGUUCCCAAAGGACUGGAGAAGAAUUCCUCGUCUGUGUACAUAACGACUUCAAGUCCUCCAAAUGCAUACAAGGCUUAUUUAAAUCAAUUCCAAAGUGACUUUAAGUCAUUUCUAGAAAUGCGUUCUGAGGAGAUGGUUUCUAAUGGACGCAUGGUUCUCACUUUCAUCGGUAGAAAGACUCUCGAUGAUCCAUUGCAUAGAGAUUGUUGUCACUUUUGGACACUAUUAUCUACAUCUCUACGCGACCUAGUCUAUGAGGGUCUUGUGAGUGCGUCAAAGGUGGACUCUUUCAACAUACCGUUUUAUGAUCCGAGCAAAGAAGAAGUGAUGGAGAUGAUUCGAAACGAAGGCUCAUUCGAGAUCAAUGACUUGGAGAUUCAUGGAUUUGAGCUUGGCCUAAGCAACCAUGACGAGGACUACAUGUUACAUUCACAAAUAUCUAAAGCAGGGCAGAGGGAAGCCAACUGUAUAAGAGCGGUCAGCGAAUCAAUGCUUGUAGCUGACUUCGGAGUAGACAUUAUGGACACAUUGUUUAAGAAAUUUGCAUACCAUGUGUCACAACAUGCUAGCUGCACGAACAAAACGACUGUUACUCUAGUCGUUUCUUUGAUACGAAAGUAA